GCCUGGAUGAGCGAUGAUCGAUACCACCACCAUUACAAUUGCAACCGCUACGGUCUGGAAUCAAUUUCUUGACCGUAUAUCGGAAAUAUGGUCAUCAAUGGUCCAAUCUUCAUAUAUAUCAUCAUGAUAAAUCUUUGCUGCUGCACGCUUUUCCGUCCCCUCCUUCCUUCGUUCCCUUCAAAUCAUGGGCAGUUUAUCAACAGUAUAUGGCCCUGUUCUUCUGGGUGGUUUUCUUGCUUCGGUAUUAUCUGGGGUCAUAACGGCGCAGACAUUUACUUAUAUCAGACAAUACCCCAAUGAUACACGCAUCACGAAAAUGAUUGUUGCUGUGACUUGGAUAUUAGACUCCAUCCAUACCUGCCUCGUGUGUAUGGCAUCAUGGAUUUUCAUGAUACAGUGGUUCGGUGAUGAGAGCAAGAUAGACAACAUACCUCCGCCAUUGGCGGCAUCCAUUGCGUUGACAGCUUUUCUUACUUUGAUCGUGCACUGUUUCUUUGCGCAUCGUAUUUACAAGUUAACGCACAACGAUUGCCGGAUCAGUGUUCCUAUUGUUUUAUGCGCUUUCUUGCGACUGGUUGCUGCACUUAUCACCACUGUUAAGAUGAUCGAAUUGCAGACAAUGACUGCAUUCAGACAAAGCAUUGACUGGGUGUUUACCGCGGGUCUCUCAUUAUCAUGUGUUGUGGACAUCCUCGUUACUUCGGGUCUGUGCCUCACGCUACGCAGAAGUCGUAAUUCGUAUUCGAACGUGGACCGUAUAAUUAACAUCAUUAUCUUGUAUACAUUGGAGAAUAAUGCGCUCACGAGUACCGCCACCAUUAUCUCGAUGGUAUGCUGGGCGACUAUGCACAACCUCGUUUUCAUUGGGGUCCAUUUUGUACUCAGCAAACUUUACGCUAACUCUUUACUAGCAACCUUGAAUUCCCGUAAACAACUUCAAGAAGAACGUGCGCGUGGAGCCCAUUCAAACGAACUUCCGGUUGCUUUUCCAGGCAGGUAUCAGUCCAAAUAUUCGAAACGUUUGGAUCCUGGAAACAAGUUGGAAAUCAAUGUAGAACGGACCGUCGAGUAUGAAGUAGUCGAAGGCUUUGCGAAACAAAGUCCGCAUAUCCCUUCGGAAAGUCCACCCCCAACAGCUGAUCCGGACCACAUUACGGUCAACGCACUUUAAUAAUUAUAUUACCGCUUCCUCUUCGUGCGUGCUGCGCGAGAUCUCCUAUCUUUUGCAGUCUCUCCUUACGUCUUGGUCGAAGUCGAAUUUUCCGUCGCAAUCGCGUCCGUCCACAGGACAAGUAAAUCACUUCAUCUACUGUUUCCUCUGUGGUUUUGUGCGUCUCAAUAGUUAUUUGUCUUCUGUGGUCCAGUCGCAGGCCGUCGAACUACAUUUUACAUAGCACUGCACAGAGAUCAAGGGUUAUGGUGUUACAGAUUAUGCAUGGGGUGAGGUGGACAUUCUAAAGGUCCUUUGGUAUAGUUAUUCCCAUGAGUCCCUCUGAUCGGCGGUCCCAGGCCGGGAUUAACGUACUUUUCGAGGGUCACACCUGCAAUGCUAUGCAGGGACUGAAAUGACAGAAGUACCUAUAUGCAGGGCAACCUUUCAAAC